AUGGAUCGCGUUAGCGGUGGUGUGGUCAACGCUUUGCCUACCGACGACGACGACGACGUGUUCGCCAACGACGACCAGAUCGUGCCGGAUAUGAAGUUUUUUUUGUCUGCCGUCAUUCUGGCCGUAAUGGCGGUAGUUCAAGCGGUGGACGCAACACCCACCGGCUUGUUCUUCGACUCUUGGUUUGUUUUCGACCUCCGCCGCACCGUUGCUCGGCGACCCUCACCUCCCCGGUCCCUGCACCGCCACAGUCACACGUAUAUAACGGGAACCAGGCCGUCGGCGUUAUUAUUUAUCGCGCUCGUCUAA